CGUAAACAAUAACAAACCAUCCCGUGAGAAGAUUGUUCUGCAUAUUUUAGAUAAAAAAUUGGACUCUUUUCACUUGAAAAACGGUACGCAAUAAAUGGCAACUAAUUAGUGUAAUAAGCGUUCGAUUGAAAUGCCUGCGUCGUGUGUUAUCCCCGAUUGCGACCUAAAAUACACUCACAGCGACGAUGUGUCCUUCCACAAAUUUCCACUCAAAUCUCCCGAACUGCUGAAACAGUGGAUCCAAUUCACCGGCCGGGACGAAGGCUGGCAUCCGACCAAAUGGAGCGCCCUCUGCAGCAGACACUUUGUGGCGAGCGAUUUCAAGGGAUGUGCUGCUCGCAAAAUCCUUCUCCCAACAGCUGUCCCUUCCGUGCGCAAUGCUGUCGCCGCUAAAGCUCAACCGAACAACCUCUCCCUGCCUGUGAUAUCGUAUGAAACGGUCUGUCCGGAGGAGGAACGCUCGCACAACCGCCACUUCGAGCACUAUCUUCCGGUCGAGCUCGAUUACGCCCCGUUCGGUGGGACGCUCUGCCCGCUGGUUGCGUCGGAACAGGUGGACGAGUUCGGUCCGGCCGAGGCGGACGGUGACGUCCAGCUGAUCGAGAUUACCUGCCGGAUCUGUGGCGUCGUGUUCAGCCGUGCCGUCGAUAGUCUGCUGACCGAUCUGGUGCAGGCGGAAGAAGCGGUACGGAAGUAUCUGCCGUUCGUGAACCUGGACCUACCCAACCUGCCGCGCAAGAUCUGUCUACACUGUUCCAAGCGGGUGCAAGGCUUUUCCAAGUUCAGCGAGAAUGUACUCCGGGCACAGUCCGACCUGGAACAUCGCUUCGCACAGGAACUGCACGGCGGGGCGUUUGCAGUGCCGGAUGGGUUUGCUGCGGGUGCUCGAACCAAGCAGGAAAUUGUGUCGGCAAAACCGAUGAUCAUUAAGCAGGAACCUAUUGCGAGCAUAAACAUAAAGGAGGAAAAAAUCGAGUACGCAAUGAACAGCGCACGGCAGAAAGAUCCGGAGCGACCUCCGGUGCAAGAAUCAAGCGAACCAGGACCUCCACCGGUAAUGGCAAACAAUCCGACAUUUACCAGCGAACCGAACCGGAUUUAUCUGUUCAACAAUGUGGGACAGGAUGGUACGAACAGUCCAGCACUUUCCAGCAUCAAUCCGACCAAGAACCAAACGCGCGAGUCUUCCAAAAACUGUGAAAUUCUCGAAAUCCUUAACCUCUACCCGCCAAUAGUGGACAUAACGAGCGCAACGGUGACAGAAGUGCAACCGUACGAAAUCACACUACCCUCGGUUACCACGGCAACGGCAACAGCGGGAGAGUUUUCGUCCUUUUCAACCGCAGCCAGCUCAUCCAGCUCGUCCGCACAGUUCGUAAGCAGCUUGAAGGUGGAAAACACGAACGAGCUGGAGCCGGAACAGGACGACUAUUACCUGCCCGAACGGCUCGUCUUCAUCAACACGCUGGAGGAGCACAGCUACACCAAGCUGCCGAUACAGGCGGAUGAUAAUAAGGAUGAAAUUUUCCACGAUAUGACGAUUGGUGGUGGUGGUCAGUGGUUUGAAGCGACGCAGGACACGGUAACGGCGCAGAAAAGUGAAUCAAAAGCAAGAACGAAGAGCAUACCCCGCUGGACGUGUCCGAUGUGUGAGAGGAGGUUCACUCGCCAGCGACGAAUGCUGUCCCAUCGGGCGUGGGAAUGCACUGGACGCACCAAACUCACCGUGGAUUGUCGCUUUUGCAGGCGGAAGUUCCCUUCCUGGGCACGGGCUCGCUCACAUGUAUGUGUGUGUGCUAAACGGGUGGCCAAACACCGACAGUACCGCUGGCGAGCAAUGCUGGAGCGAGAAAAGUGUCGACACACGGGUAAGGAGCGCCCUGGCGAACGAGACGAAAUCGUCCUCACCAAGUACCCCUGCUCGCUGUGCGAUCGUUCGUACACGAAUGCGUCCAACUUGCGGCGACAUUUCACCACCCACCGGCCACCGGACCAGUGGAACCACAAGUGUGGCGUUUGCUUGAAAAUCUUCGACAAGCUGUUCGACUUAAAGCGCCAUCUUCAACUAUCUGGGUGUGCCGGUGGUCUUCCCGUGAUUCCCGCGGGCAGCACAACUGUUGUUUGCGCUGAACCAGAGGAACUCUCCAUGGAGACCGAACCACCAACCACGGGCCCAACGGACAUGUCAACCGAACCAACGAUAAGCGCGGCCACCGUUACGCGCCCCAUCGAUCGGCUGCUGUACGUCUGCUCGACCUGCAGCAAAAUGUUCCAAUCGUACAACAGCCUCAAGGUGCACGAACCGAUCCACACCGGCACGAAGGCGUACAUCUGCGAGACGUGCGGGAAGCGGUUCUCCGGCCCGUCGAACCUUUGGCAGCAUCGGCUGACCCACUCGGAGGAGCGCCAGUACCGGUGCAAGCAGUGCCCGAAGGUGUUCAAGCGGAAGGGAGGCCUUAGCCAGCACGUGCGUGCCAUCCACAUGAAGAUUAAGCCGUACCACUGUCCGACCUGUGGCCAUGAGUAUGCACUUAAGGCGGACAUGGCACGCUGCAGACACUCCCGGCUGAACGAUCCGGCGGUGGCUAUGGUGUCGGCAACGGGUUAGUGCAGAAUAAAAGGGGGAAGUUCUGCGCAACAUA